AUGGCCAAGGUCUCUCGCUCCUACUCCCUCUACCUGCACCUCUCCUCGCCUCCCACUCUCUCCCACUCUCUCCCACUCUACCUCACUCACACUCCUCUCCUCUGCAUCUCACAUCAGCCGACGCAACCCCCUCCCUCUCCCCUGCCUGGUCCCCUUCCCCACGAGCCUCUGGCAGCGCUGGUGCUGGAGGAGUGUGGCACCGCAUGGGGAUUGUCGGCGAGCGAGUGGCAGGUGGGGGGCGAGUGUGACACGGCGCAGUUCAUUACCUGCGAUGCCAACGGCCUUGUCACUGGCAUGUAG